AUGAGACCCCCCCCUACCACACACACACACAUACUACACUGCCGAAAGAUCUGUGUUGGGUGGGGAUGCCAGCACACAGAUUACUUCGGCAACAUCUCGGAGACGAUCGAGAACCUUCUCAACGGCUACGACAUUCGUCUUCGACCCAGCUUUGGGGGCGAUCCCUUGAAGAUUGGGAUCGAGGUAAUCCUAGCAAGUUUUGACAGUAUCUCAGAGGUCAACAUGGACUACACCAUCACCAUGUAUUUGAACCAGUACUGGCGCGACGAGAGGCUGCAGUUUGUCCACCCGGGCACUCCCAACUUCUUGGGAACCUUCGCAGUGUCAGCCAUGACACUCACGGGAGCCUUCGCCGAAAAGAUCUGGGUCCCUGACACCUUCCUGGCCAACGACAAGAACUCCUUUCUCCAUGACAUCACCGAGAAGAACAAGAUGGUCCGCCUCUAUGGCAACGGAUCUCUGGUUUACGGCAUGAGACAUGUUUGUACGGGCUCAACGACAGGGAACAGUCACGGGGGUUUUGGGAUUGUCCCUGCCACUUUUUCUCCAUUUUCCAACUACGAGAUUAUUAACAAGGUGGAGGGACUUCUCACAGGUAACUACCAGAGACUGUCCUUGGUGUUUCAGCUACAAAGAAACAUCGGCUAUUUCAUCUUUCAGACCUACCUGCCAUCCAUCCUUAUUGUCAUGCUGUCCUGGGUGUCGUUCUGGAUUAACCAUGAGGCGACAUCGGCAAGAGUUGCUCUUGGUAUCACAACUGUUCUGACGAUGACAACAAUCAGCAACGGAGUCAGAUCCUCUCUGCCGCGCAUCUCCUAUGUCAAGGCCAUCGACAUCUAUCUGGUCAUGUGUUUCGUCUUCGUGUUUGCCGCACUGCUGGAGUACGCGGCCGUAAACUACACAUACUGGGGCGCUCGCGCUAAACGGAAAGCCAAGAGACUGCGCGAAAGAGCGGCCAGUGUUCGCAAGCGACCAGAUGACGGGGAGCCAUUGUAUCCUGAUUAUAUUUCACCCCACAGGUCCCAGGAUUCGAACUUACCCCAAGUAUACAUGUCAAGCACCAGCGUCCGACGCAGAAGUGUGUCCCACAUACCAUCGCGCAGGCGCAGACUUCUGUCUCAGUUCCGGCAGAAAGCCAAGUCCAUCAAAGUCAAGAUCCCCAGAGUUCAGGACGUGAACACGAUAGACAAAUAUGCGCGAUUGAUGUUUCCUCUUCUUUUUGUUGUCUUCAACGCCAGCUAUUGGGCGGUCUAUUUGUUGACGUGA